AUGGGGCCCCAAGUCCCGUGCCCAGUGUCGGGCGAGGGAGCUCUGUUGGAGCACUUGGAGCACUUGGAGUGCCGUUGCGCGAUCAUAAACUUCUUUUCUAAGCGGAAGCGGGGACGGUUACGCCCCACACAUGUCGUCGGACUGACUUUCGCAGCCUCGCUCGCUCGAAUGUCCAUGCUCGGCGUCCCACCGCUGGGCGACACAUGGCACAAUGGCAACUCUGCUGGCAACAAAUCGAUGCUCACGUACCGCAUGGGAGUGGGCGUGCCAGGCCACACCGGGUUCACUCCUGCUGAGGAGUGCCUCUCGAUUCCGAUCAAGGCAGGCGCAAUGGAGAGGGCGCCGUUGAUCUCCCGCUGUGCAGGGCAGAGCAUGACCGAGCACCCUGCCGAGGAGAAGUACUCGACCCACCGCACCGACUUCUCUCUCUCGCCGGAGGAGUUUGCGUACGCUACCAGGCCGAGCGGUCCUUGGGAUCUGCAUGCUCAGCGAGCCAUCGGCAAGCGGCCGUUCCACGGCGAGAGCACCUUCCGCGACUCCUUCUGUGACACCGCUCGUGAGCGAAUGCUCCCAUCGAAUGUGACCGCGCUUGGACAGCUGCGACCAUCCACGGUGGCGGUUGACGGCGGAGUCAACCCCUUCUACGAGACGGAGCAGCGAGCAAAGUCGGCGCAGGUGCUGCGAGGGUCUGCUCCUCGGUUCGGCGGCCGCGGUGUCCGCCGCCCGGCCCAGCACUGGACUGGCUCUCCGACGGCAGAUCCACGGCUUCUGCCGCCGGAGUGGUCCACCUCGUAUCGCUCGGCCUUUGGGGGGAAGCCAGAAGGGCCUACAGGCACGCACAAAGGCACCUGCCACCCACCAGGCUACACGGGCUUCAUUCCCGCGACCGCGUUCAGCGAGCGUGCCACAGCGCAAGCUAAGAUGGAGAUGCCGCGCGACAAUGGCAGCUGGCAGCUAUCUGGACUUCACCAGUACCCGCGUGAGAUCCCAGGUUACACGGGCUAUCGGCCAACUGCGAUGCAAAAUGACGCCGGUGUUCAGCGUGGUGACCCUCAGCUCACAUCGACGGGCCGUUUCUUUGCCCAGGGCACCAACGGCUUCCAGCCCGGCGAGCUUGGGCUCUCAGUUGGGGCUCUGGCUUCGCGCAAGCCGCAGCCAUCUACGCACGGCAUCAAGGCGAAGAUCCUCGACGAGCUCUUCUCGCAGGAGGCCGCAGGAGGGAACGUGUACUAUGCCAAGACUCGACCUUACGAGGGCCGCUCCCGUGCCAUUAUCGGGUUCUUUGUGGGUGUGGUCGGCGACUAG